AUGGUAACACUGCUGCGACAGUGGGUCCAGCAGCGCCCUGCAGAGAGCCGCUGUGCCAACCUCUCGCGCCCGACGGCCGCCCCGGUGGAGCUGAGCCUGUUCUACGAGAGCCUGUGCCCGGCGUGCCGCUGGUUCCUGGUCCAGCAGCUCUUCACCGCUUGGCUGCUGCUGCCCAGCGAGGCCCUGAGCAUCACCCUGGUGCCCUACGGCAACGCCCAGGAGAAGAACGUCAGCGGCAAGUGGCAAUUCCAGUGCCAGCACGGCCCGGAGGAGUGUUUGGGCAACAUGAUCGAGACCUGCCUGAUGAAUGAGGCCAAGAACUUCACCACCUACUUCCCCGUCAUCUUCUGCCUGGAGUCAGGCAGCUCCGUCACCAAGAACCUGGAGGCCUGCCUGCAGGUCUAUGCCCCGCAGCUGGACGC